AUGGAUGAAAAAGAAGGUUCAAAUGUUACUGGGGUGACACUGACAGUGAAGGAAGAUGAAGCCCCACAGGGUUUCAGGAUUGAGCCAAGGGUUGAAAAUCCUAAUCUAGAUACUGGAUCAGCAGCUGGGCCAACACCAGAAGCCCAGGCUAUCGUGCCGGUGCACGUGCCUGCUCCGGCGCUGGCCACUGACAUGAAGAAGAAGAAGGGAAGACCGCGGAAGUAUGCACCAGAUGGUUCAGCGUUGGCAUUGUCACCUAUGCCAAUAUCUGCUUCAAUUCCACUUACAGGAGAUUUCUCAGCUUGGAAACACAGUACUGGUCGCCCGGUCGACUCUUACAAGAAAAAGCAUAAGUUGGACUUCGAAAGACCUGGUGAAAAGGCGGCAUACAAUGGUGGUGCAGGUUUUACACCCCAUGUGAUAACUGUUAAUGCAGGCGAGGAUGUCACAAUGAAAAUAAUAUCUUUCUCUCAAAAAGGCUCAAGAGCUAUUUGCAUUCUGGCAGCAAAUGGUCCCAUCUCAAAUGUUACACUUCAUCAACCUAAUUCUUCCGGUGGUACUUUGACCUAUGAGGGCCGGUUUGAAAUACUUUCUCUGACAGGCUCGUUUAUGCCAAACGAUAAUGGAUUGACGAAAGGCAGAUCUGGUGGGAUGAGUGUCUCUCUGGCAGGUCCAGAUGGCCGUGUUUUGGGGGGAGGCCUUGCCGGAAUGCUAGUGGCAGCAGGCCCUGUCCAGGUUGUCGUUGGCAGCUUUCUUCCCGGCCACCAUCAGGAGCUGAAGCCCAAAAAGCAGAAGUAUGAGCGCACAAUAUCAUUUACCCCGAGCCCUGCUAAUCCUUUUUCUGAAGAAAGAUAUGAAGGAGCCUCCGGUGGACAGAAGCCAAAUUUGAACUCAUCUGCUUCCUUCCGUGGAGACAACUUAACUUCUGCAAACUCCAUUCAAGGUUCGAAAAUUGCUGUCCCAGAAAGUAAUGUCUCAUUGUCGGGAGAAGACUCUAGAGAGCAACGCCAUGAAAUUACUUGCUAA